AUGUAUUUUUUUUUGUGCCUGACGCUUGCAUCUUGCUGCCCUGCGUUUUGUGAAGAGGAUCCGCUGUGUGGAAAGAGAGUACUGCGGGAGAUUCGGCUGCUUGCCGCUCUGCGGCACCCAAAUCUCCUGAAGUUACUGGAUUUGCUGCCUGUGCCACAUCCAGAUUUCGAUGACGUGUAUAUAGUUAUGCCUUACUUGCACCUCGAUUUGCAUCGUGUGAUCUACUCCAGGAUGAGGCUGUUGGAGUCCCACACACAGGCUUUCAUCUGCCAAAUUCUCAGGGGACUGAAGUACCUACACUCUGCUGGAGUUGUUCACCGUGACCUGAAGCCGAGCAACAUCCUUGUGAACGAGGACUGCACCCUGAGAAUUGCCGACUUUGGCCUUGCUCGAGGCCGUUCCAACGCAGAGGAGGAGCUUACCGACUAUGUUGUGACACGAUGGUACCGGGCACCAGAACUGAUGUUGCUGCCUUCCGGAUACUUCGAGGCUGUAGAUCUGUGGUCAGUGGGCUGCAUCCACUUUGAAUUGCUUGCCCGGGAGGUGCUUUUCCCUGGGAGGGAUCACCUGGACAUGCUGCGGCGCAUCGCAGCCACUCUGGGGUUUUCCAUCGAGCAUGACCUCCAAUGGGUGCCCGAGAAAGAGGUGGCACAGGCUGGAAGGUAG